CUGGACUGACCUGAACUGAAUUUCUACGAAGCACAGAAAGUGUUCAUGGUGCCAUCAUGGGGAGAGAUGUCGUCUUCCUGCUGCUUCUCGGCGCAAUCCCGGCCCUCGUCCUCCUCCAUCUCGCCGCCGCUCCUUAUACUAAGGUAGAGGAGUCGUUCCACAUUCAGGCUAUCCAUGAUAUUUUGACCUCCGGAAUACCUACUCGCAAUGUCUCCGAGACGCUCCGCGCGGAAUAUGACCAUUUCGCGUUUCCGGGUGCCGUGCCCAGGACGUUUGUCGGUGCCGUGAUGCUGUCCGGGCUGUCGCAACCGUUCAUCUGGUUGAAGGCCAGUAUCGAUAGACAGUUCCUCGCACGAGCUAUUCUGGGCCUUUUCAAUGCCGUCUCGUUGCUGUCAUUUGCUUCCGGUUUGCGACGCACGGCGGGCAAGACCACCGCAAUCUGGUACUUGCUCUUCCAAGCCAGUCAGUUCCACGUUCUCUACUACGCAUCGCGAACACUAUCCAACAUGUUCGCUUUUGGCCUCACAACCCUGGCCCUGCGAUAUAUCCUCCCGGAACCAGUCAGCCCGAAAACCUACAAGAAACGGUCCCGACUCUCGCUAUACCUCUUGACCAUCGCCGGCAUCAUCUUCCGCUCCGAACUGGCCAUCUUCCUCGCAACCAACACCAUCUUUCUCUUCGCAACCCGUCGGAUCAGCAUCCAGCGCGAGAUCAUCCCCGCCGGCAUCCUCGGCCUCCUCGUCGGUCUCACCUCCACCGUCCUCGUGGACUCCUUCUUCUGGCAACAGUUCCCCCUAUGGCCCGAACUCGCGGCCUUCAAAUUCAACGUCAUCUCCGGCCAAGCCUCCGCAUGGGGCACACAUCCCUGGCACUUCUACUUCACCAACGCCGUCCCCCGUCUCCUCCUCAACCCGCUCACCUACACCGUGGGAAUCCCCCUCGCGCUCUUCCAACCCUCCACCCGCUCCCUCGCAACCUACACCCUCCUCCCCUCCCUCCUCUUCCUCGCCAUCUACAGCGCCCAACCCCACAAAGAAUGGCGCUUCAUCGUCUACACCAUCCCCCCACUCACCGCCGCCUCCGCCCUCGGCGCAUCCUACAUCUGGACCCAUCGCACCAAAUCCCUUCUCUACCGUCUCCUCUCCCUCCUCCUACUCGCCUCCACCCUCGCCUCCUUCCUCCUCUCCACCUUCAUCCUCCUCCCCGCCUCCUCGGCAAACUACCCCGGCGCGCACGCCCUCAACGCCCUCCACACCUACGCCUACGCCAACACCGAGACCAACCCCCCCUCUUCCAUCUCCGUCUACCUCGACAACCUCGCCUGCCAAACCGGCGUCACCCGCUUCCUUCAACACCCUUCCUCAUCCCCCUCCAAUCCCAACAACACCAACAGCAACCCAAUCUGGCACUACGACAAAACCGAAACCGAAACCACCAAAUCCCACCCCUCCUUCUGGUUCCAAUUCGACUACGUACUCAUCGAACCGGGCGAAGAGACCGAGAAGCUCUUCGCCGCGUCUGCCUCCGGUGCUAAGCAAUGGGAGGUGGUGGACACGGUGGAUGGGUUCGCGGGGUUGCGGAUCAUAAGGCCUGGGGAUGAGGCUGUGGGGAAGGUGGAGGAGAGGGUUGUUGGGAUGGUGUUUGGGAAUGAGGGGGCCAGGGGGUGGGAAUUGGGGAGGGAGCUGGCGAGGAGGGUGGUUACGAGGGGGUGGUGGGUGGAGGUGAGGAUGGAGCCGAAGAUUAGGGUUUUGAGGAGGGUGAAAUAA